AUGCCCUCCAAGAACUGCUCGUCUUCGACAAUGUUCUCGCGUCGCCAUUUGGCCCUGUUGGCCGUCCUGGCCUUAUCAACUCUCAUCGUAGCCUCUGCCAAUUCCUCUCAAGUCUCGACAGAAGAAGCUAUGGCACUCCUGACACGUCCCGCCGCCGCCGCCAGUGUUGCUCGUCCCCAGAACGACAUUAACUACCAUGGCAUCGUCCCUUCCUUCCUCGCGAAACAUGCUCACGCUUACGGCGGAAUCAACCGUCAAGAACAAGUCGAGGACGACUCUAUCGAAGCCCAACGUGAACGCAACAGCCACUCACGGAUCCGAAUAAACGUCGACCAGUACCCACCCAAAGACCAAAUCCCAGACGUCAACCACCCCCGAGUAAAAGCCUGGGUCAAAGAAAUCGACUGGUCCAAAGUGCCCAACAUCCCCGUCGCCCAGGGCCUCGCGGACGCACCCCGGUUCCCGAACUGCCCACCCGAUGAUCAAGUCAACCCUGAUCACUGUUGGUGGUCGUGUGAUGGCUGUUUGGAGCCGGAAGAUGUUGUGAGUUGCCCAACGGAGGGACAUUGGGGGCUGACGUAUGAUGAUGGACCUAGUGUUGCGAGUAAGGCGCUUGUACAAUAUCUGGAUGAGAGAUCGUUGUCGGCGACGUUUUUUAUAGUUGGUUCGAGGGUUCUGGAAUACCCGGAUAUUUUGAAGGAGCAGGUUGCUUCUGGACACCAUAUCGCCAUGCACACCUGGUCGCACGGAGGAUUGACAACCCUCACCAACGAAGAGAUCGUCGCGGAAAUCAAAUGGACAGAAAAAAUUAUCCGAGACGUUACAGGCCUUACCAUGAAAUACGUCCGGCCACCCUACGGAGACUGCGACAACCGCGUCCGAGAGAUCCUCCGCCAAAUGGGCUACAUCAACGUCAUCUGGUCCCAAGGCUGGGACACCAACGACUGGCGCUUACCCCUGCAGACGAUCAAGGCCCCCGAGAUCAUUUCUACCUUCCAGAACGCCCUCGAUAAUGUUGCACUUGUAAAGUCGAGGGAGACGGGUGCGCUGGAGGGACCGAUUACGUUGGAGCAUGAUCUGACGUUGCAGACGGUUGAUUUGUCAAAGAGUAUUAUCUCGAUUGGGAUGGCGAAGGGCUUGAAGCCGAUGAACUUGGCGCAGUGUUUGAGUGAUCUUACUCCUUACCAGGUGGAUAACAAGAGUUCUGAGGCGGCGGGCCAGGCACCAAAGUCGGACGGUAACAGCACAAAGUCUACGAGUGGUAGUAGUAGUAGUAACUCCAAGGAGGUACCCGCUGUUGGCGCGCCUACUCAGGCUCCUACUCCUGUUACUGAUACUGAUAUCAAGGGCAAGUCUGCAGCCACCAGUUUGCAGUCGUCUCUUGGCGCCAUUACCCUUGGAGGCAUCUUUGCCGUCGCCUCUUAUUUCCUUGCCUUGUAG